GGCACAGCGUCAGCGGUUGCACUGAAUCAUGGGGAUUGAAAGAUAAAGGUUACGGUUUGGCGUUUAUGCUGUCGCUGUGUUCACGCGGGUGAUUAAAGGGAGAUAUAUUUAAACGACCAGUCAUUACAGUGUAGUUUCUGAGAAAGAGGACAGAGUAUUUUUUUCGGUUUUAAUAGCGGAUAAGUCGGCUAAAGCUCGAAGUAGCUUGCUACUACUAGCUAACAUUAGCGGUUUGAAUCGACGAUGAAUCUGGUCCCAGUUAUGAAGUUUGAUCGGAGCGAAACAGUUGAGAAGUAGCUGAAAUAAACGAGCAACAUACAGAGCUCAGUUGGACCAACUUUUAACACAAAACACAAAACACAAAAAGGGAAUAAAAAGACCGGCCAGUAUAAUGGUUGUUAAAAAUGAAAAGAAGAGGCUAAAAACAGCAGAAAUGGCCUGGAUGUGACACAUGGGCACACAUUAUCAAACAGACAGCAUGGAAGAAUCAGAAAAAGUCCCUGAAGCGAUUGUGGACAACCGGGUUCUAAGUCGCCAGUCCCGUCGAAGCACAAAGAAAGAGUCUCGAGCAUCAUCGGGGCAGAGGCACAGAAAGAACCAUCAGGGAAAAAUUCACAGAGAAGACUCGAUGGUUGAAAGUGUCGACAGCAGGUCAAAAGCAACAACCUGCCGAUCCGAUCCGGAUCGAGACCGGAUUUCAGAUGGAGAGGGUCGGAGAAGUGAUGGGUCACUAUAUUCUGAGGACUAUGAGAACGCUACACAGUCGGAACGCUCACUUUCCCCUUUCUCUCAGUCACUCACUCCAUCUCCAGGGCCACGAAGAGGGUUCCAGGCAAAGCAGAUUUCCAGAAGUCCACCCCACAAACUACGUGGGGUUGGGCGCUGGAAUGCAUCCCGGCCACAGCGACCUGGAGGCCUUCCCAUCACACAGCACCACCGCAAGGGAAAUCGGCCUCAAAGCAAAGAGUCUACACCGCCUAAAGACCUGGAUCUGGUGACCAAGCGGAUGCUUUCAGCCCGCCUACUGAAGAUCAAUGAAUUGCGCAAUUCUCUUGCUGAACUAAAGCAGCAGAAUGAUGAACUGAAGAAGGAAAAUAGAACUCUCAGACAGCUUCAGGUGCGUCAGGAAAAAGCCCUGCAGCGCUACGACGACACAGAAAGCGAGAUUUCCCAGCUCCUGGCGCGCCACUCCAAUGAGGUCCAUGUGCUACGGGAGCGACUGCGGCGCACACAAGAGAGGGAACGGACAGCUGAACGGCGAUUAAAGGAGAGCGAGGAGCAGUUGCAUCGGAGCCAAGCCACCGUCACGCGACUAAAGAAGCUGGUGGACCAGCAAGAAUUGGGGACCAGAGAUGAGCUAAGUCGUAGCUUUGAAGAAGAGAAAACUCGGGCCCAAGAGGCACAACGUAAAGUCAAGGAUUUGGAGCGUAGCAUAGAGCUGAGCAACAACAGUUUUCAGAGGCAGCUUGCUGCAGAGAAGAAGAAGACUAUUACUUCUCAAGAGGAGGUGAAGAUUCUGCAGGAGGAUCUGGACCGACUGACCAAUAAACUCAAGGAAAAGGAAAGAGAGCUAGAUGCUAAAAAUAUUUACUCCAACCGUUUGGUAAAACCGGCAUUACGGAAAGAUGGUGAAAGUAGUGCAAAGCGGAAACUCACAGCACUUUACAGCACCAAGGCAGUACAAACUGAAUGCAAAAUGUCAAGUGAGGAGUUCCCCUCUCCGCCCCCUGGCAUCAAUGACACCAAUGAGUACAGCGGAGCGCCAGCUGGCGAAUACCUGUCUUUGAAGGAUCUUGACAGGGUGAAUAAACCGGCAGAGUCAGAUAAGGUUUCUCAAAACAGCGUUGAACACAAGACGAGAGAAAAGCAUGAGGAGAAAUUGGUGAGAGAGCAGGAGAUGCAGCGGAGAGAGGGACUCGACCAGGAACUGAAUGUCCUCAAAGAGAAGCUGAGCAGACUAAAAAGUGACAUGAAGAAAGAACAGGAGGAGGAUGAGGAUAGCAAGAAGUUAAAUUCCCUAUUCAGCCAGAAAGAAGAAGACAACUACUGGAAGCGCGGCCACGUCCAGGAGGAGGUGGCGCGAUGGAACAAAGACUCUAUGUCCAGUCAGCAGGCGACAGAAGAAGCACGUCGAAAGAAAGAGCAGCUGUUGGCAAAGAUGCGAGAAAUAGAUCGUCAAAACCAGGAAGCCCAGGACUCUGUGUUCAAUGGGUCAUCUGUUUCUGAAUCCAGGAAAAUUAAUAACGUUGCUUCUCCACAUCCACCUGAGGACAGAAACCGUAACUUUUCGGUUUUCAACCACUCUGAGUCAGAGGAGACAGGAUCAAUGCUGGCUGGAGACAGAGAACAUGGAAAGAGGAGACAAAGUGCAGAGCAUGGAGGUUUUACAGCUGGGAGGAGAGCAUUGCGGCCCCAUACCUCCAGUGAUGACCUGGCAUUCGGAAGGUACGCACCUUCGUUUGGACAAUUAGCAUCCCGGGCUUCCCCUGGCUUCCCUCCAGCUCCGCCUAGCGAUGACAAAAACACUGCAUUAGAAGCCAUAGGACUUUUUAAUGUUGGAAUGAUGGUAACGGAGAAGGAAACGAAAACAGAGAAAGAUAAGAAAUCAAGCCUCAUGGAGCAGCUAUUUGGUGCCCAGGCCAUUCCUGCUGGUGACAGUUUCAGUGCUUCCAAUAAAAUGAAGGUACUUACUAGCCCACCAACAACCAACGGGGUUCGUUCAAGACAGGAAGGUUUCCAUCGCUUCGGUUCGGGUUCCUUCACACCUCCACCGUCUUCCAGUAUCAUCGACAAGGCUUUAAACGUUGCAGACAGUAAACCUGCCAUCCGUGCCAUCCCCUCCUUUGAUGACGACAUAGAGGAACUAACUUUAUGAAUAAAUAUUUCAAUGGUA